CUAAAUUAAACCACACCCCCUUCUUCAAACUCUCUGUAGGAGUAAUUGAUAUCUUCUUUACAUUUACAUUUAAGUCAUUUAGCAGACGCUCUUAUCCAGAGCGACUUACAAAUUGGCUUCAAAGUGAACGACUGGAAUAUUACCCGUUUCAACAAAUGAUAUACAAGUUGUGGGAACUAAAGAGACUCAAAGAAUGGGCACCAACCUCCCCCCUGACAUCAGUUACAUCUACAGCUAGAGCAGAGGAAGAGUCAUUAAGGGGAAUAGGGGGGUCAUUUGCUGUAGAAAUGGAGGAAGGACCAUGUACAGUAGAGAGCUGGAGGAAAUUGGAGUAGACAUGAGUGUGAGAGGUCUAGAUAAACUAGGUGGGUAGGUAUUUAUAUAUGAGGAAGAAGUGUAUUGACAGACACAGUUCACAUACUCAUAUCAGCUGAGACCCAUUCACUUAUAGACAGAGAGAGACAGAGAGGGAUGGAGUGUGGAGAGAGUAUCCUGUGUGGGUCUGGGGAGCUGGAUCUGGACCCUGAUAUUGUGAGUGAAGAGGCCGGGAAACUGUACUCAGAACUACAGACAGUGAUAGAGACCCAUGGCGUAGGGGUUGUGGAGUCCCUGGUGCCCAUCCUUGUAUGGGUCCUGGAGGGCCUGGCCAGCUGCAGAGCCCAGCUCAGAGAGAGGGAGGAGGAGGCCGAGAGAGAGAAAGGAGAGCGAGAUGAGCUGUUGGAGAGAUACCAGAGUGAGAAACUACUGAGGAGAGAGAGCCAGGAGCGGUAUCUGGAGUUGGAUGACCAGAUUGAGCAGGAGCGGAGGACGAUGAGGGGAAGAGAGAAGGAGAGAGAGAGGAGGGAAAAAGAACUGGAGAAAAAGGCCAGAGAGCAGGCUGACCAAUUGGUGGCGUUGGAGGAGCAGAGGGCUGGACUGGGCAGAGAGUUGAACACACUGAAGCACACUCACAACAAGUUGGUGGUCAGUUAUAAGGAUCUGCUGGAGAGGAAAAGGGAUAUAGAGGGAUCUCCACUAAGUAACCAUGUGUGCUCCAAGAAUUCACAAUCUACCGGCCAGUCAGAAUCCUGUGUUAGCGGGCAGGAGCUAACUGAUCAAAGGCCAGAAACACCUCCUAAUUCUGUCCUGUUGGAAGAACCGGUAACCAAGGACGAUAGGGUGAUUGACAUUGUUGUAAAGCCAGACAGAGAUGCGUCCUUCAUCAAUGACAUCAUAAGCUCCACCCCUGAGCUGGUGAAGUUUCAUGGCCUUAUGAAGGCCAGCACCCCGGUCCGAGCAGACGCCAAAGAGCCAAUCAGAGACAAGACCAGCAUGGGGGAAGAAAUUAAGGAGGUGGCAGAGAAGGAAGGAGAGAAGGAGGAGAAAAAAGAGGAAGGAGCAAAGCAGGAGAUGGAGGAUGAGGAUAUGGAUAGUCUGGAAUGGGAGCUGAGGAACACGGAGUCUGUGUUUUCAGAGCUGUCCGAGCUGAGUCGGGAAUACAUAGAGAGUGUGGACCAGGGGGCCAGUGUCAGAGGCAGCACUGACCAGUUUGAGGAGAUUCUUUCUCAGUAUGAGGACCUGAAACACACCCAUGAGUUAGUGAAUGCAGCCCGGAAAGCACUGAUCUCUCGUGUGGAGGAGCUGACCAAUGAGAGGUCAGCUCUUAAGGUGGAGGUGACUUCCUGCCAGGAGACUGUCACCCGAUUGGAGGGAAGGAUGAAGGAGAUGGAGGAGGAAACCAAGAGACUUCGGAAAGAACUGGAAGCAAAUCAAUCAGAUGAUGAUUCCUCCCUGCCCAUAUCGCUGCGUCGGUUCUCUCGUUCGGAGAUGUCCCGUGUUGUCAUGGAGAAGAACCAGUAUAAGGAGCGUUUGUUUGAGCUGCAGGAGGCUGUGAGACGCAGUCAGACCAUUCGGGCCACCCAAGAAGAGAGGAUCACAGAGAGAGAGAGGACUAGUGUGUGGAGAAGAUUCAACCGUUUGUUUGGCCUGAACAAGAACCCCUUGGUUCCGUCUGCUGCCCUAGCGCUGACCUUGCCGACGUCCCAGUCCCUCACUCACUCACCAAUGGGGUCUCCACGGCAAUUGGCUGUCAGUACGACUCAGACAGAUGGUGCCUCCUCUCCUGCAGCCCUGUCUCCGCGGGUCAGGAGGAGGGAGCUGUACAGAGAAAUCCGCUCUCAUGUCUGGGGAACCCUGGGAAAACGGCAGGUUCAUGGCUGGAGCAUGCCGCUGUCACACACACAGGAUUCCUCCGAUCCGACCCCUGAGCCCAAAGAUGUGCCUGUCCUAGUGCAGCUCAGACUGCUGGACCAGAGAGAUUCUACAGCCAAGCUAAACUGUGCUGUUGCUGUCACACCUGAGAUCUCAGGCGAGACAACGUGUGCAGUGUGGGUGGUCUCUGGUCCCGCCUCCAGUAGUGAUGUCACAGUGAUCAACCCUGCACGGUCCAAUACAGUGCUGGAUCAGUUUAGCCUCCCGCCCACCUCGCCCGCCCUAUGCAUCUGUGCUGUGCCCCCUACUGGUGAGACCUCAGGAACUGUGUGGAUUGGAACUCAGGAAGGAAGUGUGUUGGUCCACUCCGCGUCCACAGCCAGGAGGCGCUGUCUGCAGUCUAUCUCUCUGUCUGAGGGUGUGCACUCUCUCACGUAUUCACAGGGUCAAGUCAUUGCUGGAUUAGCCAAUGGGACGCUUGCAUUCUUCUCGCACAACCCAGGUAAUUCCCCCUCUCAGGUUACUGUCAGGAUCAGGUCGGGUUACUGUCAGGAUCAGGUCGGGUUACUGUCAGGAUCAGAUCGGGUUACUGUCAGGAUCAGAUCGGGUUACUGUCAGGAUCAGAUCGGGUUACUGUCAGGAUCAGAUCGGGUUACUGUCAGGAUCAGAUCGGGUUCCUGUCAGGAUCAGGUCAGGCUACUGUCAGGAUCAGUUCAGGCUAUGGUCAGGAUCAGGUCAGGUUCCUGUCAGGAUCAGAUCAGGUUCCUGUCAGGAUCAGAUCAGGAUCAGGUCAGGCUACUGUCAGGAUCAGGUCAGGCGACUGUCAGGAUCAGGUCAGGCUACUGUCAGGAUCAGGUCAGAAUACUGUCAGGAUCAGGUCAGGUUACUGUUAGGAUCAGGUCAGGAUCAGGUAAGGUUCCGGUCAGGAUCAGGUCAGAAUACUGUCAGGAUCAGGUCAGGUUACUGUUAGGAUCAGGUCAGGAUCAGGUAAGGUUCCGGUCAGGAUCAGGUCAGGCUACUGUCAGGAUCAGAUCGGGUUCCUGUCAGGAUCAGGUCAGGCUACUGUCAGGAUCAGUUCAGGCUAUGGUCAGGAUCAGGUCAGGUUCCUGUCAGGAUCAGAUCAGGUUCCUGUCAGGAUCAGAUCAGGAUCAGGUCAGGCUACUGUCAGGAUCAGGUCAGGCUACUGUCAGGAUCAGGUCAGGCUACUGUCAGGAUCAGGUCAGGUUACUGUCAGGAUCAGGUCAGGUUACUGUUAGGAUCAGGUCAGGAUCAGGUAAGGUUCCGGUCAGGAUCAGGUCAGGCUACUGUCAGGAUCAGGUCAGGCUACUGUCAGGAUCAGGUCAGAAUACUGUCAGGAUCAGGUCAGGUUCCUGUCAGGAUCAGGUCAGGUUCCUGUCAGGAUCAGGCCAGGCUACUGUCAGGAUCAGGUCAAGAUCCAGUCAGGUUCCAGCCAGGAUCAGGUCAGGUUACUGUCAGGAUCAGGUCAGGUUACUGUUAGGAUCAGGUCAGGUUACUGUUAGGAUCAGGUAAGGUUCCGGUCAGGAUCAGGUCAGGCUACUGUCAGGAUCAGGUCAGGCUACUGUCAGGAUCAGAUCAGAUCAGGCUACUGUCAGGAUCAGGUCAGGCUACUGUCAGGAUCAGAUCAGGCUACUGUCAGGAUCAAAUCAGGUUCCUGUCAGGAUCAGGUCAGGCUACUGUCAGGAUCAGGUCAAGAUCCAGUCAGGCUCCUAAUCAGGAUCAGGUCAGGAUGAGGUCAGGCUACUGUCAGGAUGAGGUCAGGCUACUGUCAGGAUGAGGUCAGGCUACUGUCAGGAUGAGGUCAGGCUACUGUCAGGAUGAGGUCAGGCUACUGUCAGGAUGAGGUCAGGCUACUGUCUGGAUGAGGUCAGGCUACUGUCUGGAUGAGGUCAGCCUACUGUCUGGAUGAGGUCAGCCUACUGUCUGGAUGAGGUCAGCCUACUGUCUGGAUGAGGUCAGCCUACUGUCUGGAUGAGGUCAGCCUACUGUCUGGAUGAGGUCAGCCUACUGUCUGGAUGAGGUCAGCCUACUGUCUGGAUGAGGUCAGCCUACUGUCUGGAUGAGGUCAGCCUACUGUCUGGAUGAGGUCAGCCUACUGUCUGGAUGAGGUCAGCCUACUGUCUGGAUGAGGUCAGCCUACUGUCUGGAUGAGGUCAGCCUACUGUCUGGAUGAGGUCAGCCUACUGUCUGGAUGAGGUCAGCCUACUGUCUGGAUGAGGUCAGCCUACUGUCUGGAUGAGGUCAGCCUACUGUCUGGAUGAGGUCAGCCUACUGUCUGGAUGAGGUCAGCCUACUGUCUGGAUGAGGUCAGCCUACUGUCUGGAUGAGGUCAGCCUACUGUCUGGAUGAGGUCAGCCUACUGUCUGGAUGAGGUCAGCCUACUGUCUGGAUGAGGUCAGGAUACUGUCUGG